AUGGACAGUGGAUCCUACUCGCUGCCUCCCACAACGAACGUCAUGUCGACCUCGAGCAACGAACAGAAGCGACCAGUGCCAGGUUCGACUACCCGCAAGGUUGGCGGCGGUGGUCCCCUCAGCUUUGAUACUCCAGAACCUUUCCUCUUUGAAGGGCCCGAAGGCCAAGUACCGACCUCCGUUCUGGCAACGGGAGUUGGUGAUCCGACACGUCUAGACUCGUCUAUUGCCGCAGGCCUGUCGAUGUCAAGCAACUUUGCCGGCUCCAGCUCUGUCGCCAAGGGCGCUACCAUGCAGGAAUUUUUGAUUCAGGUAGGCUCCGAGAAAAGAAACGGCAGCUCAGUGAAGAAACAGAACGCCCCUAUUUUGUCUGUGAAGGCCACCUCCACGUCCGUUGCGAAUGACGAUAUCCACCAGAUGCCCCAGGGCUGGGCGGGCGCAGAAGGGUGA